UCUGAGUGUGAACCGUUUAGUAAAGCAAAUAAGUACGAUGCUAGAAUCUGCGGUGAACGAGAUAAGUUUCCGUGCGAACUACAGGCCAAAGUUGUUGGUAACCAGUAGUGAUGUGCCGGUAAGCUACAUAGAUUUACUCAGACGCAAAUGUGAUGUUACGGUAUGCGAAGGAUCCACUCGAGAAGAUAUAUUGCGUGCCACUCCAGGAGCUGAAGGAAUACUAUGGUUGACAGCCGACAGGCUAGACGGCGAAGUACUGGAUCUAGCGGGUCCUCAGCUAAAAGUAGUUUCCACUAUGACUUCGGGUAUGGACUAUGUAGACGCAGAAGUCUUCCGACAGCGUAAAAUAGCACUGGGAAAUACUCCACAAGUUGUAAACAAUCCGGUUGCAGACAUUGCGAUAGGAUUGAUGAUUGCAGCAGCAAGACGGUUCCAUGAAGGUCGAGUGAAGAUCUUGAAUUCCGCGUGGGAACAACGACCCCAGUGGAUGCUGGGUCAGGAUGUGCCCGGUUCGACAGUAGGGAUCGUAGGUUUUGGUGGAAUCGGGCAAACAAUCGCUAAAAGAUUAAAAGGAUUCGAUGUCGGUCGGUUGCUGUAUACAGGUCAUAAAAUUAAACCAGAAGCCGAACAAUUUAAAGCCCAAUUUGUAACAUUCAAUGAGCUGCUAGCAGAAAGCGAUUUUGUGUUCAUUGCUUGUCCUAUGACAAACGAAACAGCCGGACUGUUCAACAGUAACGCAUUUAGUAAAAUGAAACCAACAAGCGUAUUAAUCAAUGUGGCUCGCGGUGGAAUAGUCGAUCAAACAGCACUGGUUGAAGCAAUCAAAAAAGGUGACAUUUUUGCAGCAGGGCUAGAUGUAAUGACCCCCGAACCGUUACCACCUACCGAUCCAAUCAUGGAUUUACCGAAUUGCAUUACCGUACCGCAUCUGGGAACUGCUACUAGAAAAAGCCUCGAAGACAUGUUUUGCAUAACCGCUCGUAACGUGUUAUCCGUCCUGGCAGGUGGAAAACCUGUAGCCUCUUACAUCUAAUAUUUCACUUUUCGUUAUGAAUUGAAUAAGACAAUA